UGGGCCCCGUGAUGCGAUCUCGUCAGUUGAACGCGCCAUUGGUACAGUAUCUUUUGCCUCAUUUGGCUGGCUGAGAAGUUCGAGCAGUGCCCCGCUGACCAUGCGGCCCGGCCAACUGGUUGGUUAAGUACCCGAUCACCUACAGCCUCCUGAAACUUGAAAAAAAGAGGGGGCGACGAGGCAAGAUGCGGUUGUUGUGAGAGUUCUUGCGGCGGUCUGAUGCCUGUUUGACGACCCUCAGUCCUUCUCUAAAAAAUGUCACGACAAACUUGCAUUUGAGGAGGAAAGCUGCCGAGCUGUGCAUUUUGCCUACUCGACUAAAAUGAGCCAGACAUUUUUGUGCACUGAGCCCAAUACGCUCAUCCUAAAGCAGGGCUGUUAACAAAUCUGUAGGUCAGCAGAAUUUCUCAGGGAAGGCUUCUGAGAAUUGACUCCUGUUUGCCAACGUGCUUGUAACUUGCGAGAUUUCGCCCCUGUUGUUUGCUCAAGGAGUUUGAAGUCAUGCCUCGGCCGGCAAGGAGCACGUACAGCGACGCAAAGCCGCCGUAUUCCUACAUCUCCCUCACGGCGAUGGCGAUACAGAACUCGGCCGAGAAGAUGCUGCCGCUCAGCGACAUCUACAAGUUCAUCAUGGACCGCUUCCCCUACUAUCGCAAGAACACCCAGCGCUGGCAGAACUCGCUCCGCCACAACCUGUCCUUCAACGACUGCUUCAUCAAGAUCCCGCGCCGUCCCGACCGCCCGGGGAAGGGCAGCUAUUGGGCCUUACACCCUCUCAGCGCCGACAUGUUCGAGAACGGCAGCUUCCUGCGACGCCGUAAGAGAUUCAAAUCUCCCAGGAUCACCGCCAUCGACCACAAUCUUCAGAUCAAGCAAAUCGACUCGGCUAAGAUCUUCCAAGAGCAAGCGAAGAUUGGACUGCCACCUUUCGCUGCUUUGGGCUCGCUGUCACCGUAUGCCGUUCCAGUACCGAGCAUGGCUAUGACUUGCUGCACGGCCAGCUCGCCCACCUACCCGUCCAAGCACAAUUUCAUCCCCUCCACAAGCCCGACCAUGAAGCAAGCUUUCACAAUCGAGAAUAUAAUCUCGCCGGACUUCAAGCCCUCUGCCGCCAAGCCGGGACCACAGGCGAUCAAAGUCGCCACGGCCGUCCAGCCGGCCUUAUCCGCCACGACGUGUAGCUCGACCCUGCCGAGUCCAACAUUCACGAGCAAGGGGGCCUGGACCUCGAUCGCUUCGGCGGCCAGUCGCUGCGCUGCACCCCUGUCACCGGAGGAGCGGGCUUACUUGAGUGAGUACACAGCCCACUGCCGGACGAUCCUUCCGCCCUCUUUCCCACCGACUCCGGCGUUUCCCCUGCCGAUCAAACCCACGGUGCACGGGUUAGGCGUCACCUCUCACACUGGUGCUGUACUCCCCUCACUGUCCACCUCUGGGCCCAUCGUGCACGAUGGUACACUACUUUCCAAGUGCAAUAGGCCCACGCUUGUAUAGUUGUGAAUCGUAACUCAUUCCUUCAAGUCUAGCUACACCGACAGCACAAAAAUCAGACAAUAGCCGAAGCUGUGGCAUGCAAGACUGCUGGGAGUUUGUUUUAUGGGACCAAACAUCUAACGGAGCACCUUGGGUAAAGGUGUGUACCUAGACGGUAUCUUUUAUCUCAAUUUAACAGGACUUUCAUUCAUGUGCUUUUGUCGUGUGCCUUGAUUCAUAAUCUCUGACAAUUCAAUAUUUGUUGUAUGGUUCCCUUUGUCGAAAACAAAUUGAAUUUGCUGAUCAGUCACCGUGUUGCGCUCUCAGACUUAUGAAUUUGUUCAGAGCUCAAUUAUAAUCUAAGCUGACAUGGAAAAUGUCGCAUUGUGUGCCGCAGUUAGGCAAAGGUAAUGGCGUAGUUAUAAAUAUACGCAUAGACAGCACAAGGCUCCCAAAGAUACAUGGUAAAGCUAACCAACCAAAAUGUUCACUCAAAGUAUUUGAUACAAAGAGAACGAAACACGAAACAUAUUCAUUGCUGCAUUGUUUUGGUCUUGGAGCUGUUUUCGUGAAAGAACGGCACAUGAAAUGUAACUUUGUAAAUCAUAAACUCAUCUGCAGCUUGACAAAAAGAAUAUCCACAGUUAUACAGCUCGUAAUGUUUGCAUCCAGAACUUGGAAAAGUAAAUCCGAAUUAUCUUUUCAAAGAAUGGCUCGCUGGAGAGAUGAAAACUUAUAUCAUCGGAGGAGAAGGACAUACACUUCAAACCGAAUGUUUUCUAGCCUUGGUGGCAGGAUUACUGAAAUGUAUCUGACCUGCUGGGAGACAUGCCCAAACAUUUUCUCACAUGUUGCUGAAAACAAAUGUACACAAAAUGUGCGAAAAGUCGAACAAAGUCAAAAAGUGCAAAGUUGCGAAGAAAAUCAUGACUUGUUGUUUUUAGAUAAAUAAAGGGGUCGAAUCUUCGGAUUAGAUUUACAACUGUUUACUGAAAGAUUGUAUCCCUCAAAUGUAGCAUGUAUUUGGAUAAUUGCCAAAUAUCGCACGUUUCAUCUACUCGACUAAUUGUGCAACAUGAUCUGUACUUGGUAUCUCUCAAUUUGUUUAUUGAAUCGUCUCUUGUAUAUUUGACAAAGAAUUGUAAAUAAUAUUAACUUCAGCCAAUUGUACAUAAAAAAAAUCGUGCAUAACGAUGCGACAGAAACAAUAAUGAUGUUUAUAUCCGAAUUUCCCUUCGAAGUUUAUUUUUUGAUUGAUUUUCCCACCGAAUUCAUCUUCAUUGGUGUCACGUGACAAUUAGCUUUGGUGAAACAACAUUUUUGAGAGCGCUAUCACCACAAGCUGACCAAUGGGUGAUUAUUUAGUUUAGUGCUAUCUUUGAUUUGUUAAACAUCAUUAAGUACGUCUUGCUUGAUUGGUUCAUAGGAAGAUGUCAGCUUUUAAAAUCUGUCUUGAAUGUUCAUCAUCAAAGGUUUGGCAGAACUUUGCUUUGUGAGUGGCCAAAGCCUCGAUGAUUUGGUUUCAGCUAGAGAGCAUGCACUGCUGUAAACGUUUAAAAAUUGUCAUUUUGAUAAUGCGUAUCACGAAUCUGUAGUUUCGUUUUCAAUUGGAACGGUCCACUUUGGAGAGAUAUCACAUUAAACGUUUCACAGAUUUUUGCGGCUUUUUAAAUUUCUUGCUCAAGACAAAAGUCAGUAAAUAGACAAUCGGAAGUGUAGGGAAGGCUAACAUUUAGAAUUAACUUUUAAAACUCGCCCCAAAAUAAAGUUGGGAAAGACGAGCAUGUUCCACAUCCUCGCUCAUGAUCAUGUAGCACGUUAUUGGUUGUGUCUGGUGUUGUAGUUUGAGAGAUCUCUACUGCCAUUUCAUCUUACUAUUAACAUAAUCGUUACUGCCAAAGCUUGCCCAAGAUGGUAACUAAUUUCACAGAGGUACAGCUGUACGAACGCGUUGCAUGCAUGCAGUGCGACUAAACCAUGCUGAGAAUGACAUUCACUCGGUCAUGAUGGGACAGAGGAAGAAUGUGUGAUAUUUCAAUUCACAUUGGGCCAAGUCUUGGUGAAAAUAAAGGUGAAGAGGUUCUGUACACAGACACCAAGGGGGCCUGGGCUAUGCCUUGUGCUUACAACGACAAUGUUUGAUGGAGGUGUCCAGAAAUAACUAACCAUUCUGCGCCACUAAAGAGCUUGGUUGUUGGUGUGAAAAUCUCCCGUCAAGGAAUAAUUUUGGUCCCAGUGCUGCUGCCAAAUCGGGAAGAAAAUUCUUUUUUUUUUAAUUCGUAUGGGGGAUAAGUAAAUAAUAGAUGUUGUCUCUUUUGUCUGAACUAUUUCUAAGCUCUCUGUAGUUUACAAAGUGUUUUCCGUGGUUGGUUAUUUUUGCUGUACUUCAAGCUUCACACUGCACGAACUGUAGCAACAGUUUGCGGUUACAGUGUUUGGGUCGGGGUUUCAAACUGGUCUCCCCUUUUAUUUGCAGUUUUUUUCCAAUUAGAAACAGUUUCAAAUCCCAUUUGAAUAGUUUGGUGGAGUAAGUAUAAAUCGAACGUCAUUAGUAAUUGAGGAGUCCAUUAUACAAGGCUAUAUACCUCCGCUUGUAAUUACAACAACAUUAUACAUUUGAUGACAACUGGAAAGAUUUGGUUGCGAGUUAUACAGACUUUCAAUGAUGUUCUGGUAUUUCUUUUUAGCAGGAGUAUUCAGGUAAAUUAAUCGAAUGUAUACAUCAGAUUCUGGCCGUCAGGCUAUUCUCUUGUUCAGUUUCAAAAUAACAAAGGCAGAAUAUGUCACACUUUACGAAAAUUGUUCCGUAAGUGUAAUUAAUAUCAUUAUUGAAUUCGAUAUUAGAUUGGGAACACCAUAGACGCUCUGAGAAACGUUUGUUGCUCGUAGCAUUCAUAUAUUUUUGACCAACGAAACCCUGCCGAAAAGCUAUUGUGUAUUUUAGGCAUGGAUCAAGGUGUCAAAUCAAAUAUUUAAAUUUUCAUUGAUGUUGGGUCCGGUUCCAUGUAAUGUGUAAUAUGAAACUAAAGUGUACAAAGGUUCUGAGGGGAUUAACAGAAAUCGCCCGUGGCGCCGGAACAGAAGUGAAUGAUUGAAAAUUAAAAAAAAAAAAUCACCGUUCAUUUUAGUUGUUGAGU